AUGGGGCUCUCUCGAUCUGUGUGGUCCCUCGCCGCGCUGGGCCUUCUCUACGCGCGUUUUGUGGCUGGUGCCGUCGGUCCUAAAGGAAACCUCAAUAUUUCCAACGCGGACAUCUCCCCCGAUGGUUUCACUCGUGCGGCUGUCGUGGUGAAUGGCCAGUUCCCUGGUCCCCUCGUCUCCGGUAAUAUGGGAGAUAACUUCCAACUCGAUGUCAUCGAUAGCUUAGAGAAUACCACCAUGCUCACCGCAACUUCUAUCCACUGGCAUGGGCUCUUCCAGAUGGGCACCAACUGGGCCGACGGACCGGCUAUGGUGAACCAAUGCCCGAUCUCGAAAGGCAACUCCUUCCUCUAUGACUUUACGGCUACGGGCCAGGCCGGCACCUUCUGGUACCAUAGUCAUCUGUCCACCCAAUACUGUGAUGGUCUCCGUGGACCCUUGGUUGUCUACGACCCCAACGACCCGCAUUCGAACCUCUAUGACUACGACAAUGAGACCACCAUCAUCACGCUUGCGGACUGGUAUCACACUGCGGCUCGUCUUGGGCCCCGCUUUCCUACCGGCCCCGAUUCCGUCCUCAUCAAUGGCCUGGGCCGCUUUGCCGGUGGAAACUCUUCGGAGCUUGCAGUGGUCAAUGUUACUCAAGGAAGCCGCUACCGUUUCCGUCUUGUUUCCAUUUCCUGCGACCCGAACUUCACUUUCUCCAUUGACAGUCACAACAUGUCGAUCAUCGAGGUUGACGGCGUUAAUCACCGGCCUCUAGUUGUUGACUCGAUCCAAAUCUUUGCUGGGCAGCGAUACUCCUUUGUACUUACAGCUGACCAAGACGUACACAAUUACUGGAUUCGUGCUCAGCCCAACAUUGGUACCACGACUUUCGACGGCGGCGUGAACUCCGCCAUUCUCCGCUACACGGGUGCUGCCAAGAUCGAACCUUCUACUAACCAGACGACUUCUGUCCUCGCGCUCAAUGAGACCGAUCUCAUUCCUCUGCAGGACUUGUCCGCUCCUGGUACCGCUGAGGUCGAUGGAGUUGACCUCGCCCUGAAUCUGGACUUCUCUUUUAACGGCACAGAAUUCUUCAUCGAUGGUGUUCCAUUCGUUCCUCCCUCCACUCCCGUCCUUCUGCAGAUCCUCUCUGGGACCACCUCCGCCUCAAAGCUCCUGCCAAAUGGGAGCGUCUACUCUCUGCCCUCCAACUCGACGAUCCAGAUCUCUUUCCCCUUGAAUACGACUGCGACACCGGGGGGACCGCAUCCCUUCCACUUGCAUGGGCACAAAUUCUGGGUUGUGCGAUCUGCCGGGAGUUCUACCUACAACUAUGACAACCCGGUCCAGCGUGAUGUAGUUAGCACUGGCGCAAACGGAGACAACGUCACCAUUCGCUUCAACACGGACAACCCGGGCCCCUGGUUCCUCCACUGCCACAUCGACUUCCAUCUCGAGGCUGGCUUUGCGAUCGUCCUGGCUGAGGAUACCCCGGAUGUUGCCAACACGACUACGCCGAGCACCGCAUGGGAGAACCUUUGCCCGACUUACACAGCUACCUAUCCCAGCGGCAUCUCCAAGCGUCGCUCUCUGCCCGAUAUUUAA